AUGCUCUGUCGGCGACCUAGCACGUCGUCCAUUGUAGUCGCGGCUUGUGGGCUGGUGAGCAUUCGGGAGGCGUUCCCGGAACCGAGGCCGAAUCUUUUUCAAAGGGAUUUUCAGUGGCUCAAAGUGAAUGGAGAAAACUUGGAAGUGAAAGCGCUGUGCAUCUGGGAUACAGCUGUUGACAAAAAGGGGAAAGGCCCCCAGGACCCAAAGGUCCCAUGGCCGGGGUGUAGGGUUUCUAUCGACAUUUCCUACCACAAAGAGGACUUCGUAGAGACCAAAUGGUGGAAAAACGAAUGCACCAGCCAUUUCCACGUCGAUAUACCACAAGACAAGACCAAAGCGUCACUUCUAGAAACCCCCAAGAACUUCGAGCGAUUCAUGUACCGCCAAUACGACAUCAAGAUCUGUAAGAUUGGCAGUGACGAUGAUAGGGCUAAUCAUGGCGGUCGAUGAAUGGCUUAGAAGUAACAGCCAACAUGGAAGAGGCGAAACCGAGAGUGUUCGUCGCCUGCGUACCACGGUUAAUCACGCC